AGUUGCGCCGAGAGCGCGGGGUUGGAGAGCCGUGCAUGCCGAGGGCCUCCGGCGGGCGCCGAGGGACCUCUCCGGGCCAUGGCACCUCCUGUCAAAGGGAAAAGGAAACAGUCAGAGGAGGGUGAUCCCUUAGACCCAUCCGUGUCCCCUCAACCCGAUGGUGAGCAGAGCAGGAGCCAGAGCCCCAUCCAUCUGGAGGACUCCCCCGAGGCAGGCGGGGAGCGGGAGGAGGACCAGGAGCGGGAGGAGGAGCAGGCCUUCCUGGUCAGCCUCUACAAGUUCAUGAAGGAGCGACACACGCCCAUCGAGAGGGUGCCCCAUCUCGGCUUCAAGCAGAUUAACCUGUGGAAGAUCUACAAAGCAGUGGAGAAGCUGGGGGCCUACGAGAUGGUGACUGGCCGCCGCCUCUGGAAGAACGUGUACGACGAGCUGGGGGGCAGCCCGGGCAGCACCAGCGCGGCCACGUGCACACGCCGCCACUACGAGAGGCUGGUGCUCCCAUAUGUGCGGCACCUGAAGGGGGAGGACGACAAGCCGCUGCCCCCUUCCAAACCCAGGAAGCAAUACAAGAUGGCCAAGGAGCCCCGCGGGGAUGACGGGGCCACCGAGAAGCCGAAGAAGGCCAAGGAGGAGAAGCGGUUAGACCAGAUGAUGCCGGGAAAGACCAAACCAGAUGCUGCCACUGACCUGGCGCGGCUUCCCGGCCAGGAGCCCCCCAGGGAUGGCACAGAACAGCCAAGCCCAGCCCUGGGGCCCUCUCUGCCCUUCGUGGGUGCCAGCGGCUGCCCAGAGGCCUACAAGCGGCUCCUGUCCAGCUUCUAUUGCAAAGGAACACAUGGCAUCAUGUCCCCACUGGCCAAAAAGAAGCUCCUGGCCCAGGUGAGCAAGGCUGAGGCCUUGCAGUGCCAGGAGGAGGGCUGUCGCCAUGGGGCAGGCAGCCCUAAUGGGGACCCCCAGGCAUCCCCAGCUGUUCUCUCGGAAAGUCCUCAGAGCCCAGGAAAGCCAGCUGAGAACUCCCGGCACCGGCUGACCCCUCAGGAAGGAUUACAGGCACCUGGUGGCAGCCUCAGGGAGGAGGCUCCGGCGGGUACUCGCCUGCCAGCCCCCAUCUUCACUGGCUGUUUCCAUGCGUACCCCACCGAGGUGCUGAAGCCCAUCAGCCAGCACCCCCGGGACUUCCUCCCCAGUCUUAAAGAUGGGGCGCUAUUGGGGCCCCCUGGCAAGGAGGAGGGCCUGCUGGUCAAAGAGCCCCAGCUGGUGUGGGGCGGGGAUGCCAACCGCCCAUCUGCAUUCCAUAAAGGCAGCUCGAGAAAGAGCAGCCCCUACCCCAAGCCCAAAGCCUGCUGGGUGUCCCCCAUGGCCAAGGUCUCUGCUGAGAGCCCUGCACCCCUACCUACCUUCCCUAGCAUCCCAGGCCUGGGCAACAAGCGCAGCCUGGAAGAAGAGGGCUUUGCCCACGGUGGCAAAAAACUGCGGGCAGUGUCUCCUUUUCUUAAGGAGGUGGACGCCAAGGAGUGUGGGGCCAAAUCCAUGGGGUCCGGCCUGGCUGUGUCCUGCCUGCUGGGCCCUGCGCUGGGGCCUGCCCUCCCUGAGGCCUACAGGGGCACCAUGCUGCGUUGCCCGCUGAACUUUGCCGGCACCCCGGACCACUUAAAGGGCCAGGCCACGCUCCCCUUCAGCCCCCUGGUCAUCCCUACCUUCCCGACCCACUUCCUAGCCACGACGGCACCCUCACCCAUGGCCACCGGUCUGAUGCAUUUCCCCCCGGCAUCCUUCGACAGUGCCCUUCGCCACAGACUUUGCCCAGCCUCAUCCGCAUGGCACGUGCCACCAGCCGCAACCUAUGCAGCGCCCCACUUCUUCCACCUCAACACCAAGCUUUAGGUCAGAGCCCACGGGGCUGUGCUUGUGCUAUGCAGGGUCUGAAGUGGCCUGAGUCGGGGAGGCACUGCCAGGGGUCUGGGCUGGAGCCUCUUCCCCAGCAGAGCUUGGCUGUGCCCAAAGCAGGAAUGUGCCCCCUGUCUAGGCAGCCUGGCACAAAGAGGGAGGCGGUGGGAAAACUGGGUUUGUCUCAAGGAAGCAGCCCACGCCUGGGGCCCCAGUUGUCACAGGGCCAUGGGAGAAGGCGGUGCCGGGCUGGCAGCUCCCAGCUAGGUCCCUGGAGCAGAAGCCAGGAGCGUGGUAACGGGCCAGGGAGCUGGGUCGCAGCUUGAGGUAUGCAGGCUGCCCAUGGAAAAUCCAAUAAAAGACCAAUGUGAAUCCACCCA